CGGCGCCCGCUUUGUUCUGCUUCGUAGUUUUAUUUUCUUGGUUGCAGGCGCCGGCUGCUGGCCGGCGUCCGCGCGGCUUUCCUUCCCGCAGCGUCGGUUGUGCGUUAUUUGCGAUUUUUCAAGUGUGGAAGUAUCCAGUGAGGUAGUGAAACAUCCGGCGUAACUUAAAGCGGGUCUGGAACUUGCUUUGAACUCGCAAAAAUCCGUCGUGGUUUCCUUCCUCGCAUGCAGUGGCCUUUCAGUCAGCAGCGGUGAGUGCGGUGACUCUGCAGGAUUUACUUCUGCCUCGUGCUCCAGUGACCCGGCUUGUGGAGAGGCUGGGCGCGCUCAGCGCUGCGAUGGAACUUAAAGACAGCGCUGCCCACGUUCGAGCAGAGGUGGAAUCGUUAGCUGUAGUAAUUUCCGUAAGCGUUUGUAAUGCGCUAGCAUCUGUCUCCCUCGUUUCUGUAGUUUCAUUAAUCACUCAAUAAUUUUUUUUUUCUUUCAGUUUUCUAAUCCAACACGUUAGCAUCCUGUACGUUCUCUUUUAUGUAUUAUGUCUCUAAAAGAUAGUGACAGAUAGAAGGGAACGCAAGUUCUGGGUUUGUGUGCCGCAGAGCGGUGCAGAGAGAAGACGUGUUGUGUUUCUUAUGACUUUAUUCCCCUCAGUGGGUAACUUAUGGGGGUGGGGGGCAGUUUCUCUCUUUAGAAAUUGAGCUUUGUCAGAACUGGGGUUUUUAUUUUGUAACAAAGCCUUCAGAAUAUGAGCACGUUGAAUAUAAAAGCUAAUUGUGCAUGAGAUUUGUUCUGACUAAUUGUGAUGUGUUGUUAUUCUGCUGCAAGUGUCAUGAAUUGCGAUUGCAUCCUUGUGAGGAUAUCACGCAGAAGAGACAGGAUGAUGGUGGUAACAAUGCUCUGUGAGCAGCAUCUUGUUCUAGUGUUGCAGAGAUUGCAGUUUUAGAUCAAAUUUAUUGCUCCCUUUGUUCCUAGUUUGACUGCUGGAGAUAUCCAUGUAUAAAGCUGAAAUUUUUGUGUCCUGUUUAUGUUAUUUUAUGCUUUUCACUAUGUUCAGUGAUUUAACUAGGAGCUGCAAAGAAUUAAGUAAUUGUGAUGAAAUCAAUUCUGUCCAAUAAGUAGGUCUCUCUCUUAAAGCUUUUUCAGGUAAAAAUGUAGCUAUUUGGAGUUCUUUUCGUUUCUUGUUACUGCUUUGUUUUAAACCCCCUCAUGACUUCUCGCUUCCUGAGGGAGGCAUUGGUAUUAGGUAAUCCCAUGCUGUUUAGCUUGGAGGUUGAAUGUUGUUUAACUGCUAAAAGUAAAAUAUUUCCCCUGGAGUUCAUGAGCACUCAUACCUUUUUUUGAGAAUAGCUACAAGCACUGGUUUUUGCAUCUUGCCCACACUGUGAGUAGGAUAACUGCGUGCUGUCAGCUUAAAUUGUCAGCUGUGUACACUCCAUAUCUACAGACAAGUAAGCAUCAAAAAUACAUGUUAAGUUGUUUACAGUAGCUGUCAAAAAUCUGUUGCGGAUCUCAGUCAUUCGGAUGAAUGUGUUUUGUCCUGGUGGAAAUUUACUGCUGAAAUGUUCUUUAUAAGGUAUUUGUUAUUUGAAAAGCCCUUUCAGCUGUGACUGAAAUCUUGCACCGUCGAGUGGACUGGGUUUCCCGAACCAAGCGUUAGUAACAGUCUCUUAACUUUUCUUGUAUGAUUAUCAGAUUUACAAGAAUUAUUUUACCGCUUGCCUGUGCCAUUUAAAAGGUUAAUUUUGAACUAAGUAGGUACGUUGUUUAUUUAAAAGAGGGUGUGUGCUAGUGCUGGACUUGAGAGGACUUCAGUUUCACUGGGGUAAAUUUUAUCUCUGCAGUAGCAACCAAGAAAUGAGGCUACCUCAAGAUGAACUGCCUGGAUAAGUUUCUGGGUAUCUUCUUCUUUUGAAGAAUGAAUUCUUCUGCUUUCCCUACUUUUAUGGUUAAAGAUUGUCUGUCAUAAUGCAUAUGAUGUUAAGGUAAAAUGACAGACUAAUCUAGCCAUAAUGGAACAUGAAGAAGGAGCGAAAUUGUCUGUCUUUAACAUUUCCUCCACUUUCAUUUUAGGGAAAUCUUCAGCUGGGUCAGCUUCCUGGGAGAGGGAGCGUGAGCCUGAGGCCUGCUCCAUGCUGUAGUGUGACCACUCAGUAGUAUUCUGGAUGAACGAGUCUUGUGCAUAUCCAUACUUAGUUUGAAUUCUGAGGGUUUCCUGAAAUAAAACCACACAUGUUACGUUCUUCCUCUCUCUCCAGUAUGCUCUUUUGCUACUUAUUACAGGAGUAGUGUUUCUAUGGGUGCUGUGUAUAUGCAUGUGGGUGUGUACGUAUAUGACCAGUUCUACAGAGGCAAACUUUCUGCCUUUGUAGCAGUCACUUUACUAGUUGGCUUUAAUCCCCCUCCCUCCCUCCCAGUUAUUUUUAAAACAUUUAGUGAAAAUCUCUCUCAAUUGCCCACGUUGAUGGUCUUGAAAUUGUGGUCCUGGUAUAACUAGCUAAAAUUAGCCAAAUGUUAACAUUUCAGAAGGAAGUUUUGGGUACGUGGUGCAAACAUAGCUGUGAAAUUUCACAGAGGAAGUUGUCAAGGAAGUGUCUUUUAUAGCCUGGUAUUCAACUGCACUGAAAAUAUAGUGGCAAAACUAGCAGAAGAAGGUGGGGCGGUACCUCAUGCUCUGCUGUAGCUGUGGUUCUUGUGAGCAGGUGUCCCACUAUGAUGGCCUGAACGACAGUGGCAGAGCAUAUGGACAAAAGUGUACCAGAUGAAGUGAAGAAGCUGCUAAGAAGUUGUAGGAAUGCUUUGUGGCCCAGAUGGACCUAGUGGGCAGCAAGUAGAAUAUAAUAUACUGUCCCCAUUGAUGUUUGCUUGCUUUGACUUUCUUCAUAGCACUUGCCAAGUCAUUUCCCCUCUCAAAACCUUGGCUGACUGCCUGCAGACAAGGAACAAAGAAUUUCUAUUGGUUGAUUUUUGAAGCAUUUGCUGCCAAUGGUAGGCAAAACAAAGGGGAGGGGAGGAAGGAAAAGAGAGGCAAGCCAGGAUACUUUAUAGGAACCAAAAGGUAUUCAGCAGACUCCUUAGGCUAAUGCAGAGUAAGAAGAGUCAUUGGCAGAAAAUGCAAAAUAAAAACAGUACAAAUUGGGCUACAUUCAAAAUUGAAACAAGUCACCAGGAUUUCUCAAAUUCUGCAGUACUAAAUGUCGUGUAGCAUUUGGGUGCUCAGAUCGCUUCGAUCAGAGACACUGUAAACCUGAUGGGUGGAUCUUCAAGUCUAAACUUUUUUAUUACUUUCAAUUCAAAGUCCACCUGCAAUAAGUUGUUUGUGUGCUGUUCUCAGAGGCGUGUGGGAGAUGAAUCUGCUGCUUACCUUCUUACCCAUUCUUGAGUGCUGUUCUUUGUAUUUGAGCCUAGCAGACAUUAGUAUUAAUUCUUUCUAUCAACAGAUCAGUGCUGCAGUCUGAAAAGGGCUUCAGGCCAUAUCAGCAUCCAAGUGUAGUAUUUUGAAGGACUUUGUUGUGCCAGGCAUCACUGAGGCUUUUGGCAAUAGGAUAUCUUUUUUCUUUCCCCCCCUCGGUAGUGGCAUUUCUUCGUUGACCAGAUUUUACACUGGCAGUAAAAGGAAUACUUAAUGUGCUGAGGGUUAGUCUUGUCAAAAACCAGCUGAAUGUGGUUUCAUUUGUCUUGGGGCACACUUUGCUGGUAAUUUUUUGCUACCUAGUAAAACAUCCAGGUCUUUUAUGGAGCUGUGCAGCUCUUUUCUUUCAUAGUUUCUCAGAUGGAGAAAUAUAUAUACGUAUAUAUAUAUAUAAAUAUAUAUAUAUAAUUAUUUUCUCCUGGUUCUCACCAGGAGUCGCAGUCCUGUUAUAACAGGAUGUACAUAAUUUCUCUGAGCAUCAAUUUGUCAACGGCACCCUGUGCAGACUUCUGUCCUGCUGCCAAGCCGAUGGCCAGAUAAAAACACAAAGAAACAGAAUAUCAGAAAUCAGUUCUGAUUUUCCUGUUCUGGAAAAGACUUGGUGUGUGGCUCCUGUGCUUCUGUGCUUAUUUCUUCGUCCUCAUCUUCAAAGAUUAGUUGGUCGCUAUGUACAUUCAACUGAACUUCUGUGCUUUUUUGUGUCAGCCAUUCUCUUCUUUAAGCUGCACAGUGACUGAUCUGAUAGGUCUCCAGAUACCAAAGACACUGUUCUCAGUGUGAUGUCUGUAGGUUAACUCACUAUGAUUUUGGAGAUUUUCUGUUGGGAAGUCAGAAAAAAGGUUUUGGAGUUUGUAGAGAUAAUGAGGGAUGGGUUCUAAAUACAUGUGUAAAAAAGAACUAAUAGGAUAUUGUUGAUGGAACGUUGGAAGCUUUUCCAGGAGUUCUGUUAGGCUCUGUGAUUUGGUUUUCCAGAAAGGUACGUUGACUGUUUCAAUGAGAGCAUCAUGAAUUCUGUUUGCAGCUUGUUGUUUGUUAAUAUAUCCCCACUGUACUGAGAAAUGUUUGCUGCCAUAAAUCUAACAGAAAUUUCUAGUACGGACUAGUAAAUAAUUUUAGUCUGCUGGUUUAAAAUCCCUGAUGUUUUCAGAAAGUUGUUACACUUCCACUGAGACUGUAGUACAGUACUGUACAAUUACUUCAUAGUAACCAUUAAUCUCAGCUUUUAUUGGUACUGUUCUAGUUUUUGUCUGCUCUCUGUUCUUUUGCAGCACUUUUCCCCUUCAUCUGCCUGUAGUUGGAUGCAGUCUUGUUGGUUCUAUUUGGUGUUUCUUUUUUAUGUCUUGAUAAAUCACUUUUUGUUUAUACAGUUAAUGAUAAUUACAAAGCCAGGCUUGCUUUGGAACUCACCGUGUCAUGUUGUUGAGCAUAAUUUGUCAGUCAGACACAGAGAAGUAUUAUCACAGUAUGUAAUAGAUUGAGUAAAAUUGCUAUUUAUCAAGGUUACUUCCUUCAUAUAUUAGUUUGAGACCUAAAUAGAUAAAUCUCUGGGGAAUUGCUUAGAAAUUACUGCUUCAACACUUGGCGUUCUGUCUUUCAAAUUAGGUAACCAAAGGUGAUUGAAUCAGGCUAUGUUAAUAAUACUUUUUUUGAGGGCAUUUUUCCUGGCUUCAUCCUGCAAAGUAAUGUGAUUUGGAGGCUUCUGUUCCAGCCCCUCCCUCUCCCCCGUAUUUACACUGUUUAUCUUUUUUGCUAAAGCUGCUCACCAGAAGCACCUGCCGGUUGCCCGCUCCUUUCUUGUGCCCUUGUGCUCAGCUUCCUCUGUCCUGUCGUUCUUUCCAAGCCAGGCGCUACGGACCAUCUCUGCUGCAGUUGCAACUUGCUGUGCUGAUGUCGGUAACUGCUUUUUGCAGUUUGGUGAAGGGAGAUCCCUUGGACAGACGAGAGCAGUGAUGGUGAAUAUGUACAGGUCUUUCAUGAGCUGACUGACUAGCAGAACUGGCGGUGCUGCAAGGUGAAUUGUAACCUGUUAAGAAGUUGAGUGUGCCUUGUUUUCACAAUACUCUUUUGUUGUUUAAGAGGAUGUAUGAGGUGUGCCUUUGUCUUGCAAAUUGUUGCGUUUCUUGUGAGGACUUGGUUGUCAUCUCUGCGUUUUGCUAGGAAUAAAUAACGCAGAAUGUAAGGAAAACUGCAGCACGAUUCAGCUAUCAUGGUUUUAAGUAUGGCUUGGUUUCCAUGGAGCAGUCAGUAUUAAGAUUGAAGUCUAAUGCUAUUGUUUAAGUAGCAUCAGAGAGUAGAGCUUUGCUUUAUUACAGAGCAUACAAUGGAUUUCACCUGGCGUUUUCUUUGGUCCCUAUUUCUUUCGUUUCACACACUCAUGAUACAAUUGAUGUGGUGACUUCAGAGCCAGCACACAAUUGAGAGGAUAGAGGUGUGAUUUAUUUUGGAGAGGACGAAGUCCUUAGUUCACUGUUUUCAUUGUGAGAUAUGUCACUGUUGUAUCAUCACUGGAUGAUGUUAAAUCGACACUGACAGGCUUUGACAAUAGAUUUCUUAAACUGUGGUGGCGACAGUGAGCAAACCCGAACUCUGUGAUGUAAAAGUGAAACCAAGCCUCUGUUCUGAAAUUCGCUGUAGUUUCAAGCUCUCCUGUUGCCUCUGCCUUGGGAUAAUCAUUUGGAAAAUAAUUCAAAUAUUCACUUUGGCUUCAGUGAUCUUAGAAAAAUUGCCUCUUGAAACACUCAUCUUUGCCUGCCUGUUGAUUAUCUGGAGGAUGCUCACUUCUGCAUGGUUCCUGGACUUGCCAUUUUGCCUGUGUAGUUGCUUUUUUGUUUCGUUUUGUCCUCUUCCUCCACGGAAUUUCAAGAUUUGUCUCGUCCGUACUUCUGUCUUCACGGUCAGCUUCACUUUGUCUUCAGUAAGGGAUGGCAGGAGCUCCAACAGUGUGUAAUUCUGUUCUUUUUUCCUGUUGUUUUCUGCAAUGACCUCCUUUGCCAUAAAAUCACUUCAGCUGAGGCUGGGAGAGCAGUAAGCCUGGGUUCCCACACAGGCUGAGUCACUGUGAAGAAGGAAGUCUUAGCUGCUUUUUUUUUUUUCCCCUUUUCAGCAGGAAGUAGUAGGUAAGGAGGAAUUGAGAGAAUGAGGGGAAAAAAUCACAGGGAACGAUGUUAGUUGUUUUGUACAAGUGUGCUGUUAUUUCAUUAGAUGUUACCUCUGUAUUAUUGAAAAGAAUCCAUUCUGAGUACAAUUGUUUUAAACUAUAAUGCUCAUGCUCCAGAUGUACCAACCUUUCAGGUCAACAAGAGAUUCAAGGUUUUUCCAGUCCUUUUUAUUUAUUGUGCUAUUUUCUUCCUAAUGUUUGCUGCUGCUGCUCAGAAGCCUUUUUUUUUUUUCCUACCUGCAGAUCACUUGAGUGAUUGGCUUGCUUGCCUUUUUUCAUUCUGCUCUGUGUUGAUCUUGGAAGGUUUUUGCUGUAUGUUACAGGUCACUGGAAGCACCUAUUUCUCAAAGGAGUAAGAGGCCACAUCUCCAGAGCUCUGAAAUAACACUGGAAUUCAUAUGAGGGUGAAAGGCCUCUUAAAAAUGCCUUUAUAACAUAGGGCUUCUAAAAGAUGUCUGGCUCGUUUUACUUCAAACUGUCUGGCUAUUUGCUGUUUAGCUGCUGAAGUUUUCCUACUGCUUGUUCUCCUGAAUCCUUAAUAUAUCAAGUUGUCAGAAGUGACUGCUAUGGAAUCAAGACCAGCUAAACUAAGAAGAUGUAUUCAAGAUGAUCCAGCCAGAAGACUUCUAACUUUGUAGAAAUUCUGAUUUCAUUUAAUAUGUAAUAUAACUUGACUAACCUAGGUUCAGUUAUUCUUCUUGAAAGUAAGACACUUGUGGCUUUCAUCAGAAAUGUUUCUAACAUUUUCAAGAAAAAACAUGUCCCAGAAACUAAGCAUGUUUUUGCUGGUUUUUGGAAUCAUUUGGGGUUUGAUGUUGCUACGCUACACUUUCCAGUAUCCAAGACGUCAAAGCAGUGCUGAGCUGCGUGGUCAGAUAUUAGACCUAAGUAAAAGAUAUGUCAAAGCACUGGCAGAAGAAAAUAAGAACUUAAUGAAUGGUGGCAGCGGAGCCUCUGUAGCAGGAUAUGCUGAUCUUAAGAGGACAAUUGCUGUUCUUCUGGAUGACAUCUUACAGCGUCUUGUGAAAUUGGAAAACAAAGUGGAUUACAUCAUUGUGAAUGGUUCAGCAACAAAUACCACUAAUGGAACUAGCAACCAAGUAUCAGUAAAUUCAGUUAAACGUGCAAAAGCAGCUGGCAACAUUAGAUAGCAAAGCAGGCUGUGUUGUGUUGCUACAUGUAUGAUAGGUCAUAAUUAAGACAAGCUUUAUCUCUGGCUGGGGCAAAGCAGUAGCUGACUCUAAAUAAAGCAUACGCUGUUCUGUUGAAGAAUGCCUGGAUAUGUGUGUAUAUAUAUAGGCCUAACUUAUGUGCAUAAGGUUCUUAAAGCACUAUUUCAUUGCCUUUGAGCAGUGCUUCUAAAGCGAUCCUUGUUGUCUUUAAAAAUAUUUUGAUAUCAUGAUUUGAUGUAGUAUGCCCUUGGAUAAUAACAAUAAAUGGACAGCAAUGAGGUACUUAGAGGUAGGUUUAUAAAUGUAUUUAAUUAAGUAUAAAUAUAGCAUAUCUUUUGGGUAGGUGAGCAGCGUUGUAGCUUAUUCAUUUUUGUGAUCUGCAUUAAACAGGUAACUGAGGAGAACAUCGUUAAACAGGUGUUAGAAAGCGUGUACACUUAACAGUAUUUUGUUACUCAUUUGCUAAAAUAUUGAAUUGAGGAUAGCGCUUUGGGGGGGAUAGCGUUUUAGAAUUGUGACCCAAAGAAUGUCUUUAUUUGCACUAUCAGAAUAGUUAGAGAGAAUUUACUGUAUAUUUAAGAAAAUUAGUUACAAUAGGAAAACAUCCCAGGUAGUUACACUGUCCAGGUGUAUCCGUGUGUCACAAUUAAGGCAGUUAGAUUACGAGAAGCAAACAUAACCUGUGAUUUCUUACUAAGAUAUUUAAGUGUAUGUAUUUUUUAACUGCAGAUGAAACUAUUUAAGUGAUGGAAAUAAGUUUUAGAUAUGUGAAUACUGUUUAUUUUUAUUCACUGCUGUUUCUUUUUAACUCAUGAGUAACUUGUGAUUUGUGAUGAGAAUAGCACACCAGCUCCCUGAAAUGCUUCCUUAUCAGGAGGGAGAGCAGCGAAGGGAGACGAGGCAUCUCUGCCUUUAAUAGAGAUAUGUACUAAAGGUGUCUUACCAUGGAAUAUUUCAGAGCUAAGGUAAUGUUUGCCUUAUGUCUAAGUUAGCCUUAUAGCAAAGCGAAUUGCAGUGUGGAUGCGCUGUAUUCCAAAUGUUACUGAAGUCAUAUUCAAGUGCCACUGAGCCUGCUUUUUUAAAAUGUAGUGAAUGGUGAAUGUUUUGCAGGGAGGGGAAGGGUAUGUUCAGGGACUUUUGCCAAAAAUGUGCUAGUUAUUUAUCUUUUAAUGUGAUGGGUCUUUUUUUUUUUUUUUUUUUUUUUUUAGUAAUGGUCUAAUUUUAAUUAAGGAAAAACAUGCAGUAAAAAUGGAGGUGCUGGAUGAUAUACCAUCCAAAGUUCCGUGUCCUUUUUCUUUUUUUCCCCUGCUGUUACUCUGGAUUUGUAUGAUGGAAAAUGUAGUUAGAACCAUAGCAGAUAGAUAACAUUUUUUUUCCUGUCAAAUUGUGUGUAAAGUUGUACUUCUUGCAGAAAGAGAAAAAUAAAUUUUUAAUUGUACUUACAAA